AUGGGAGUAAUGCGAGUCGCAUCCCUGUUUCGAAGUAUUGUCCUGAUUGGAACAGGGUCUGGUAUUGGGCCACUGCUCGGACACAUACCCCCAAGUCGGAUUAGGUUGAUCUGGUCGACACCAAACCCCCUCAAGUCUUUCGGCCAGAGUAUCAUGGACUCAGUUUACAAGGCUGAUCCAGAGGCUGUUAUUUGGAACACAAGAGAAAAUGGUCGCCCUAAUUUGGUUGAUAUUGCUUCUCGUGCAAUGCAGGAGAUUGACGCUGAGGCUCUGGUUAUUAUUUCGAACGAGACUGUCACACGAUUAGUUGUGGGAGCAAUGGAGAGAAAGGGUGUUCCUGCUUUUGGGGCUAUUUGGGAUAGUUAG